CGAGGCUGUCAUGGCGGACGCGGCCAGGCGCCUGCUGCUCCGGUACCGGGAUUACGUCAUUAGGAACCCCGGGGCGGCGGCGCAGCUGGAGAGCUCGGUGCGGAGUGUGUCCUACAUCAUUGCCGGGCGGUUUGCAGAUUCUCAUGAACUCUCUGAGCUUGUGUACUCUGCAUCCAAUUUGCUGGUGCUGGUCAAUGAUGGAAUCCUCAGGAAAGGUGUUGCUCCAGCACCACUGGUGUCUGGCACUCAACAGCGGUUGAUGACGUGGUUGACAGUUUUGGAACAUUUGGAGGUUUUCACUGAGAUGUGCUCGGCCAAGUUCUGGGGCGAGAAGUGUCGUUGGCUGGUAAUUAUUCUCAUCCAAUUAGCCAAAGCAACCCUGAGGAUUCUGCUGCUGCACUGGUAUAAGGCUGGAAUCCAGACUUCUCCCCCAAUUACACCACUGGACAGAGAGAGACACCUGCACAGGCGCUGCAGUGAAGACAAUGUGGCAGAGGCUGAAGUAUCCUCACAGUCUACAUCGACUGCCUUCAUAGGACAGCGUUCCAAGAGAGUAGUCAGGAUGCUCAACAGUACUCCAGCCCUGCAGCUCCGUCACUGGGGGAGUCCUCAAGAGGAACAGAGACAAUGGAUCUCACAGGCAGGAACCCAGCACCCUCCAACCAUCCUCACCCAGCAGGAAAUACUGGCCGAGUCACUGUACAUCACCCGCCCACUGGUGCACCUGCUGGCAUUAGGAAUAUGGGGACAGAAAUCCUGGAAGCCAUGGCUCCUUUCUGGCAUUGUGGAUAUUGCAAGCUUGAGUUUGAUGCGGGAUCCAAAGGACAUGAGACAGACUGAACGUGCUGAACUGCGUCGAAGGACCUUCCUGUUACUGUACUACUUACUGCGAUCUCCAUUCUAUGACCGUUACUCAGAGACUAAGAUCCUCUUCCUGCUCCGGAUCCUCGCUGACUAUGUUCCUGGAGUCAGUCUGGUGGCUCGUCCACUGAUGGAAUAUUUACCAGUUUGGCAGAAGAUAUAUUUUUACAACUGGGGUUAACUGGGCCCUGUCACCAAUGCCUUCAAAAGUAAUUUGUGCUGUUCUCAAUCACCUCCUUAACCAGCAUUAUAUAUAGCUUGGACCAUCAACAGAUCCUGUUGAGUGCCUCUUCCUAAAACUGAGAGAAAGAGCCCAUCUCGCGGUCUCUCAGUUUGUGUCAGAGCCCAGCUUUUGCUCUCACAGUCUGUGUCAGAGCCCAGCUCUCAGUCUCUCAGUCUGUGUCAGAGCCCAGCUCUCGCUCUCUCAGUCUGUGUCAGAGCCCAGCUCUCGGUCUCACAGUCUGUGUCAGAGCCCAGCUCUCGGUCUCACAGUCUGUGUCAGAGCCCAGCUCUCGGUCUCUCACAGUCUGUGUCAGAGCCCAGCUCUCGCUCUCUCAGUCUGUGUCAGAGCCCAGCUCUCGCUCUCUCAGUCUGUGUCAGAGCCCAGCUCUCGGUCUCACAGUCUGUGUCAGAGCCCAGCUCUCGGUCUCUCACAGUCUGUGUCAGAGCCCAGCUUUUGCUCUCACAGUCUGUGUCAGAGCCCAGCUCUCGCUCUCUCAGUCUGUGUCAGAGCCCAGCUCUCGCUCUCACAGUCUGUGUCAGAGCCCAGCUCUCGCUCUCUCAGUCUGUGUCAGAGCCCAGCUCUCGCUCUCUCAGUCUGUGUCAGAGCCCAGCUCUCGCUCUCUCAGUCUGUGUCAGAGCCCAGCUCUCGCUCUCUCAGUCUGUGUCAGAGCCCAGCUCUCGCUCUCUCUCAGUCUGUGUCAGAGCCCAGCUCUCGGUCUCUCAGUCUGUGUCAGAGCCCAGCUCUCGGUCUCUCAGUCUGUGUCAGAGCCCAGCUCUCGGUCUCUCAGUCUGUGUCAGAGCCCAGCUCUCGGUCUCUCAGUCUGUGUCAGAGCCCAGCUCUCAGUCUCUCAGUCUGUGUCAGAGCCCAGCUCUCGGUCUCUCAGUCUGUGUCAGAGCCCAGCUCUCGCUCUCUCAGUCUGUGUCAGAGCCCAGCUCUCGCUCUCUCAGUCUGUGUCAGAGCCCAGCUCUCGCUCUCUCAGUCUGUUUCAGAGCCCAGCUCUCGGUCUCUGUCUGUGUCAGAGCCCAGCUCUCGGUCUCUGCCUGUGUCAGAGCCCAGCUCUCGCUCUCUGUGUCAGAGACUAUAAGACAUAGGAGCAGAAAUUAGGCCAUUCAGCCCAUCGAGUCUGCUCCACCAUUCAAUCGCCGCUGAUACGUUUCUCAGCCCCAUUCUCCCCUUAAACCCUCAGUCUCCUUGUUAUCUACAAUCCUGGAUCAUAUUGUGCAAAGUGUGACUUGCAGCUGCUCUCCACACUGUUUCUGAACUCCCCUGUUAUUGGAGACCAACCCCUGAACUGUUCAGGGUAUGUUGUACUGCUGACUUGGAUCACUUGUUGGAUCUGUCGAUUAGUAGCCAACCGAGUGAUUUCGAUUUUUUAUUUGAUAUGAAGCCCACACCUAAUGUAAAUUGUCAAAUAAUAAAUGCACCUUUCUACAUAA